AUGAAGGUGGACACGAACGUUAGCACCAGCCAGAUGGAGCAAAACUGGACACGCUACAUGGUGAUGUGCGACCGGAAGGACAUCCGCCAACCGGUCAGCUUUCAGGAGGAGAACGAAGUCCAGGCGACUCUCGUGGGCAAUAAGACGCUCGCGAAGCAGUACGAAGUACAAAACCCAGUCGAAAGGGGCACCCAGAGCACGAGAUGGAUACUCAACACGCCCGUCUGGACGGUGCACAACCGGCUAGUGCAUACCGGCAUCACGCACGUUGAGGGCGGCUGGCCCAAGGAAAUUGACCUGUGGCGUGACGAGGAGCUAAUGACGCGCUAUCGCCGGAAGCAGGAGAAAAGUGAAGCCUACGUGCAGCAGAUGCGCGGCCUAACCAGGACGAUCGACCAUGCGAUUACGCAGAACAAUGCAUGCAACAUCUACCAGAACUACUUUGAGGACAUCGAGCAGCACGAACUAAUCGAGCAGUUUACGUCGAAAACGGUGCACGUGUACAAGGACUACCUGGAGGAGAAGCGUUCCUGCACGUACAUCUGCUGGUCAGAGGAAGGAAACCAUUUUGCCUCGGCACACUGCAACAUUGGCCAGCGCCGGGGUGCCGUUACCGAUUGCUACAUUUGGGACAUUGAGCAUCCGAAUAGUCCACUACAGAAACUGAUCCCGCCGUACCAGACGCGCUGCCUGGAAUACAACUUUAAGGAUCCGACACAAAUGGCUGGUGGGCUGUUCUCGGGACAGGUUGCAAUUUGGGACAUACGUGCCUCGAGCACGCCGGUGGAAACGACCCAGCGGGAGGCAAGCCACAACGACGUGGUCACGCGUGUCCUGUGGACCAGCUCGAAGACGACGAACGAGUUCCUGUCCGGUUCGACGGACGGGCGCAUCCUGUGGUGGGACUUGAGGAACCUUAACGAACCGUACGACUAUCUUAACCUCGCCCCGAAGGACCUCCAGAAUCGGGAUGUGGAUCCGAGCCACUGUUUCGGUGUGCGUGCGGUCGAAUUUGAGUCCACUAUGCCAAACAAGUACACGGUCGGUACGGAGAACGGGAUGAUCUACAGUUGUAGCCGUAAGUACAAAACGCCUGCGGACAAAAUCCAGUCCACGAUCAAUGCCCACACCGGUCCGAUCUAUUCGGUUGAGCGGAAUCCGCUGUUCAUCAAGAACUACAUCAGCGUCGGAGACUGGCAGACAAAGAUCUGGACCGAGGACUGCAAGGAUAACCCGAUCGUGUGGACGAAGGAGUACGCCGUGCAGCUAACGUGCGGCAUCUGGAGCCCGACCCGUUGCUCGCUGGUGUUCAUUUGCCGGAUGGACGGUGUAAUGGAUGCCUGGGACGUGAUCCAUCGGCUGGAUGGGCCGGUACUGCGUUUGAAGCUCUCCGACGCACCACUUUGGUCCGUGCGGGUUCACAAGGCGGGUAAGCUGAUCGCAAACGGCACCGACAACGGUGCCAUCUACCUGACGGAGAUCUCCGACAACCUGACGUUCAGCUCGGCCAACGACAAACCGGCGCUGUCCGGUAUGCUGGAGCGCGAGAUGCGCCGGCAGCGGUUGCUCGAGGCUAAGAUCAAGGAGAUCAAGCUCAAGGAGAAGGAACUCGAGCGGGAGCGCAUGCGACGCCAGCUGCGCAUGGAAAAUGCCAACUCAAUCGAGGAGGAGGAGAAGGACUUGGUCGCCGACGCGAUGCACCAGUUCUGGACGAAAAUCCACGGCCGCAAAAGUCUCAAGAACACUCUCAAGGGCAUCCGGAUGCGCGAUACGGGCGUCACGCUGCUCGCCAAGGACAAGAAAGCCAAAAAGGAGAAACGCUAA